GUGUUAAAGUAGAUUCCGGUAGAUAGCGAAGAUAGCAGUAAAAUGUUAGAUGUUGGAAAGUGGUGUAUUUUUCAUAUGGUGGAUGACUCCAUCUUGCAAUUGGCAAAAACUGUUUGUGUAUUUGGUCCAAGUGGUAACGAGGCUUUCAUUUUAACGAAAGAAGAUAAUGUCUACGCCCUGGGAGCUAACGUUAACGCCUGUUUAGCUCUUACUUCUGGUACAAGUACACUUCAACUGAAGAAAGUCGAAAAGUUAUCGAAAUUAAACAUUAUAACAUUUUCGUUUGGAAGUGCACCCCAUGUCCUCGCAUUGACAGGUGAGAAUUUAUUCUUUUUAUCGAACGCUCUGGGUAUUCUAGAAUCUUAUCCACACCGGUGGUUCAGACAAAACACGGAACCCUAACCUGAAAGCCUCACCAUUGUGGAAUUGACCCUAAAAAACCCAAUGCAAUAGUAGUAUUUACUUGAUAUAAUUUUCCUCAUUAAAAUUACAUGGAAAAAUAUCUAAUCGGAUGAACAGUGUUGAUGCAUAUAUUGUUCCCAUAUCGGAAAUAUUGUAGCUGUGUUUCGUUUGUGCCCCUUUUUCUUUAUACCUAAUUUAGUUAUCAAGUUCUUGUGUAUAUUUACGUAAUUUAAUGCGCUGCUGGAGCGCUCUGGAUGCGCCCGGAGAUAUCCAGUUCAAUACUAUUGUCUUUGGAAAACACGCUACCAAGGUAGUCGUAGUCAUCUACCUGUUGCACAAUUUCUCCAUCAACUUCCUGUCUCACUUAUGUUGGCAGUUCUUUUGGGUAGUUAUAAAAAAGACACGAGCUGCCCAGGAAACCUGCUGAUCUAUACCUCUUUCGGAAUCACUUCCACUUUGGUUCGUGUGCAAUACUGGAUAAAUUUGGCACGAUAUUACUCCUUGUGAAAUUCAUAAUAAAUAGAGAAACUUUUCAUCCAAAAUUGGCCAUAUAGUAAUUUUUUCAAAUUGAUGACCGUUUACGUGUGACAAACAGUCAGUCUGUCAUUCUUGGUCCACACAUUCUUAAUCCAAUAGAACGCCGAGGCACGAUGAUAGGAGAACUUGAGAACUACCCUGCGGUAGCAUGCUAACUCGCUGAUCUGUUGGACUCAUCCGGCUGCCGUUCUGCCUUAUCUAUAGGUAUAUGGAAGAUCUUACAUAUGUUAAAAAAUUACCUUUCAUUAUCUUUUCUCGCUGCCAAGAGGCAAAUCCCCGAAAGAUUUCAGUAAAAAAGUAGCAUUUCCCCAAAGUUUCAUCUCAAGACUGGAGUUAACCGAACACCAACGGUCCGGUAAAAUGUUUUCUAUUUGUUAAAUAGAGUUAGGACUGACGAAUAUCAACAUUCACGGUUUCCCAUGUAAUACUGAGCUUACAUAUUUCUAGUUAGAGAAUGUACGGUUUUUAAGUUUUUUAGAUAUUCCCUCUUUACUUCCUUAGGAUCAGGUCAAGUGUAUGGUUGGGGUGGAAAUUCAUAUUCCCAAGUUGGUCUUGCUAGCAGUUCAUCUGUCCAAGUUCCAACAUUGGUUGGCGGAGCUCUUUCUGGGAAAACUGUGACGAAAAUUGCUUGUGGUGGCAACCAUUCCCUUGCGUUAAUAUCUUCAGGGGAGGUAAGUACAGUAGGCGUUGAGUAGACGUUUGAGUUUCUUUAACAAAUGUGGUUCAUUUUCUACUUUUGCUUGAUACCUUGAUCAGUCUGCCUGGAAUCUUACAUUCGCUUAUUAUUAGAACAUUUCACGUUCUAGGUUUUUGCCUGGGGUUACAAUAAUAGUGGUCAAAUUGGAUCAGGAUCUACAGUAAAUCAGGCGACUCCAAGAAAAGUUACGGCUGGCAUUGGUAAGUUCGUGAAGAAAUGUAGAUGCCGUCGUUAAGCCCAGUCACACGAGACAAUUUUUGCUGCAACAAGCGAUGCAGUUUCGGAUUUGGGAGCGUUAGGCAUGUGAAAGGUAUUAUAAGCGCGCUAAGGCAUAAAGCCAUAAGGCCCUAACCACGAACGGUCUACUGCUGUUUUGGUCCAAUUGGCCGAGCUAGUGCUCAUCCUCAAAAAUGUUUCCUUUGAUGACGAGCAGUAUCAACAGAUAAGUGGUGUAGCCAUGGGAACCAAAAUGGGUCCCAACUAUGCUCAUUUGUUUGUUGAUUUUGUGGAAAAACAGAUCUUCGAACAAUACACUGAUCUCAUCCCUGAUUACCUUGGUAGGGUACAUAGAUGACUAUUUUGGUACAGCAUCAUGUUCUCGUGUCGAAUUGGAACGUUUUAUUAACUUGGGAGAUCAACGAGACCGGUGUAUUAUUCUUAGAUAUCCUUGUAUCAAUCAAUGGCAAAAACUAGUUACUUCUGUGUUCUACAAGCCUACUGAUUCACAUAGCUAUCUUCUAUUUUCCUCUUCCCACCCCAGCCACACCAAAAGGUCGAUACCCUUCUCUUAGUUCCUUCACUUUCGCUGCAUUUGCAGUGCAGAGGAGGACGUCCAAGCCAAAAGUCUGGAAAUCAGAUAGUUUUGUCCAAGGUUGCUACCCCACCUCUCUAUUAAACACUGCCUUUUCCAAGCCUCCCAAAUUUCCCGACCUGAGAACCUUACAGACCCUGUGUCCAAUGUCGCAGAUAACAACAAAAUCCCCUUAGUAUUACAUUAUCGUCCUUUCCAUUUCAAAGUUAGAGAUGUCAUUAGGGAGAAUUUCCAUAUUUUGAAAAGCGACCCUGAAACAUCUUCCAUUUCCUUCAAUAAACCGUUAGUCUCAUUUCGACACAGCAAAAAUAUUCAUGAAACCCUAGUUCAUAGUUCACGGUUCUUCGAGCUCUCAUUUCUGGAAGCAACGAUAGCCGCAAAAAACAUGAAAUGCGCCUCAUUUCCACCCUAUGGCAUAAAUGAAUGUUUUUCCUAUGUUUAACUCUAUCUGUCUUUGCCUGUCAAAAGCGCGACAUUGACAGUACUUUUAAUUCUUACCUUAUUCCAUACUUGUUUCAUAUACAGUAUUUUGUUGUAUUUGCUGUAAUUUUCUGUUUAUUUGUAUUAAGGUGGCUCCCUACAGUUAUUCUUGUUUACCCAAUAAUUCCGUAAAACAGGUUUAUUUGUGCAGAACGCGAAUUCGUUUCGACUUGGUGACAAUAUUGGUCACCUAAGGAAUAUUUCGAACUAGCUUUCGACAACGUCAGUGUUACCAUGGCAACAUGACGACAGCACAAAACCUUCCAAUUUAACCCAUAAAUGUGCCGCUAUCUCAAAUACGAUGUCGGUGACCUAUCUUUUUAUUUCAUAUAUCAAUAGGGAAUGAUGCUCUGCAACUGUGGUGAAAGUUUAAAAAAAUUCUGUAGUGUGUGAUUUUUUUAAAAGCGAAAAUUUUAUUGCGAAAUUUCCACACUACAGAUUUUUUUAAAAAUUGAAAUUUAUAUGAUUUACCGCAAAAUAAAUUCGUGGUCAAAAUUUGAAGAUAGGUCACCGAUGAAACUAAUGAGUAAAAUGCAAAUAAAGUUAGAAAAUAGCCUCGUGUAACUCGAGAAAUUCCCCUUAUUGAAAAGCGUCGCUGACUAGUAAAAGAUUGUACGCGGGCGCAGAACGGGUUUUCAUUCAGCAAAAUCGAGCGGAAAUGUUGUUUUUACUGUUUUGUUUUUGUCAACUUUUCGAUUUAUUUGAGUGCCAUGGACAGCCAAGGAUUAAUGUGAAGGAUCAAAUCGAUGAAAACAAGGUUGAAGCUAAUUAAACCCUGCCGUUUACUCAAUCUAUGAGCUGUAACAGCCUAUUAACAGGUGGACGUGUUUUUUUGUUUCAUGUUUGGUUUUGUACUUUUUGCUAAAAAUGAACAAUUAGGCUAUGAAACUGAAAUAUUUUUCUGUUUACAUAUAAUCACUUUAAUCUUGUAGAAACACGACUAAAAACGUGAACGUUUUCUUGAGAAGUAAAUAACUUUUUAAACGUUUGUAUGCAAUUUUGCAAAUGUUUUACAGUUGAAAGUGUAUAUUUAAAAAAAAUUAAAAAACAUUGUUUCGCAGCUAUUUUUUGGAUUAGUGAUAUUCGUAUCAUAUGUAGAAUUGCUGUAUAGACUCGCAAGUGAUUUGACACUCAAAACGAAGUAUUAUUCAACGCUUUUUUCCAUUAGAAACCUUUCAGAAAUAGCUUUAUUUUUAAAAAAAGGUGGUCAAUUUUUGUUUUGUUUUGAUCAUGCGGUUGCGUGGGAUAGUUCACAUACUGGUCCCGCGAACGUCCCGCACGCAACUGUAGGGAGCCUCCUUAAUAUAUUCUGUAAUGUGAUUUACAUUUUUUGUUUAUACUUUGUUUUGACUAAAUCCAUCUGAUUGGUGUGUUUUUUUUUGUCACGUGAUCGCUUUUAUGUUCUUAGUAUAAAAACUCAUGUAAUUUUCCCGACCCCCGCUAGUAACUCCAGACGAAGGACCUUCGCUCGAAACGUCGAAAUUAUCCUUAUAUUUAUCAGGUAUUUGCGUCCCUACCAACGAAAGCUUGUUAAUAUUCGAAAAGAAAUCGUGUAUCUUGCCGACGUUUAACUUUAAUUGCUCACGUUUUUCUUUUUUAUAACUUUCUGGCAAAAAAAGAAUGAAACCUGGGUCACGUGACUCGCCGUUGUUCCGUGAGCACUUUCCUGUAUACACAUCAACAGUUUGUCCAGAAAUUGAUCAAAGUUGACAAUGUUUGAUUUAUAUUGUGGGGGGAUUGAUAUUCCCUUUAAAAUGCUUUCAAAAUAUUAAAAUUCCUUGUAGUUCAUACGAUAUAACACUAAAUUUUAAUCGAUAUGCGAGUUUCUCAUCUUAUUUGCUCCAUCCAUAUAAAUGUAUGCAAAACGUGAUUUGUUACAUGUAACUCGCGUGUAUUUUUAUUACUUGUACUUAUAUCUUGUGCUAAAUUUAGGUAGUAAAGAGAUUGUAAAUAUUGCUUGUGGUCAGUCGUCGUCAAUGGCGAUAGAUAAUAACGGAGAGGUAUGAUGGAAUGUUUUAUUAAUUUAAUUUAAUGUUUUUUCAUUAAUGGAAGUUUACUAAUUAUUCUCUGCUGCAUGUACUGUAAGUCCAAGUGUAUCCUUACCUUGUAAUGACGUCCUCCCAUGCCUGCCUCGUACCCAGAUACUUGAUGUAAACUCGUCCUAUGCGCAUCGCUGUUUUUUUUACAAAGAGACGCCUGGGUACGAGGCAGCUCCCAUGCACUCUAGGAAAUGUUUGUAUGUAUUGAUGUGAUACGUUUUCUUGAAAAUAUUUCAGCUUUAUUCUUGGGGUUACAAUGGAAAUGGUCAGUUAGGCCUUGGGUGUAAUACAAACCAACCAAAUCCAUGUCGAGUUACUGGGCUUAUAGGCACUUUUGUUACCAAGGUAGGCAGACCUAUUGUCUUCAUUAAGAUGUACUCUAAAGGGAAUCGGUAGACUUGCUACAAGUCGACUCGCAUUGCAACGAGUAUAAAAGCCAGUGAGUGAAUAAACGAAUGGGCGAAUUUGAGCUCCUUAGCGCAGCGAGGCGCAAACAUUACAUGAUAAUAUUAAUUUAGCCUGUGUUAUUGCAUAAUACAGUCUGUACACAAGCUAUAUAGUAUUAAUUGGCAAAACUCAAAAAUAUUUAACACUUCCUCUCAAUGUUUGCUCACAACUGUUUCGAUUAUUAUUAUUUUGUUUUUAUUAUUAUUAUUAUUUUUUAUUACUGUUUCGAUUACUCUGUUUCGAUUCUCUUUAUGCAACGCAUAAAUAAACACGGAAAAUUGAAAAACCAUCGAUCAUAAUGCAUGACCAAUUCUUAAAUCUGUUUCGCCAAUACUAGGAUUCGAGUCGGUAAAAUUGGCGUGCUGCAAGAGCGACACGUCGAUUCGACAAACCCCCUAUGGCUAGAAUCUGCACUUUAACCUGCGAAAUUUGAGCUCAACUGCGCAGAUAAAUAACACGAAUCGACUUCCAGGAAGUAUAAAGGAAAUUAUACAAAAAUGGUUUGUGAUUGUAGUCGCCUGAAAAGUACUCAAUACUAAAUCGUUUGUGCGAUCAUUUUAUAUUACGGUAUUCUAAUACUGUUUAAGAAAGGAAAAGAUUAACUGAUUAACUGGGCGAGUGGUAUUUCUGAAUAUUUUUACUAUUUUUGAAUGUAAGUAUGCACUAACGUAAUUAGUAAUUUCUUGUUGUACCUCUUAUUAGGGUGCGCUGUAUGAAUGAAGGAUUCAAUCAAUCAAACAAUUAAUCGACAUUUUAAUUGUAUUUAUUCCUUAAGAUUGUCUGUGGUUAUGCUCAUUCACUAGCAUUGUCUGACACCGGAAAUAUUUACGCAUGGGGAGCCAAUCAAAAUGGGCAAUUAGGGACCGGAAGUAAAGCUAACCUAGUCACUCCAUCAAGAAUUGCGACUGACAAAGGAAGGUAAGGUUUUAUUUUGACGCCGCAAAGUUGCUGUAUCACAGUCGAAUGUUUUAAUUAAGCUCAUCCAUUAUAUCCAGUACAAUAUUGCCAUAGCUAAUUUUUGUGUACAGUGAUAACAAAUUUGUGCAGUGAUAAGUUUGCCAUGGAUUGCUUUUUGUAGCCAAGCACGAAAGGGUGUCGUCUACAAAAUGUCCUAGGGGUAAUCAGUAAUCUCCGGACUGGCAGACUAUUGCUUAAGGAAUGUGCAGUGGUAAAAAGUUCAUCAAUCUCGCCGCAUAAAAAAACCUUUAAAAUACUGACAGUCUUUCUAUGAUAAUUUCAUGUAGGGAUAUUAUAUAAACACCCCCACUUUUUUAACCUUAUCAAAUACGUUUUUAACCUGAAAAGAAGACCUGAAGCUCAUAUAAACAAUAUCCGGCAUCCGGCCGGUGUGAUAUCCUGUGCACUCCCUAAAUAGUAACGGCUUAUUGACCGAGCGUGAGGUCUGUACUGUGAAUUAUCAGACCGAGGUUUUUUAGUAUGGACCGAGCGACGAAGGAGCGAGGUCCAUGCAAAAAACAGAGGUCUGAUAUUUCACAGUACAGACCGAACAAGCGAGGUCAAUAAUCGGUUAAUUAUAUGGCUGAACUGACUCUGUGAGCAUAUGCUUUUCGCGCGAAUUAAAUCGGUUAUCGUCAGUUUCACUGGGUAACAAUAUACGGUAGGCAUGCAUGCUCAAUCAAAAACAAUUUAGUUGUUUGAAAUUUUUAUCUGUAAAUUUUAAUGACACACAAUUGGAAAAUUAAAAAGCAAAAAAUUUUUCUGUUUGGAAAGCAAAAAUUUCCCGCCAGAUAAACGACAUCCGGGACACCGGUCCAGAUACGGAAAAUACGGACCACGGUCCGGAUAUGGGUUUUUACGGACCGCUUGUCAACCAAUCAGAAUAGAGAAUUUUGAAAAGCCAUAUAAUAAAUUGUUAUAUUGUUUCUCUUUUUUAAGAUUCGUUGACGUAACCUCUUGCCACUACAGUCACAUGUCCUCGGCCACUACAGCAUUAGGAAAGGUGAUAUUAUAUUUUACAUUUUUACGUGUAUACUGUAUAGAUUUUAUUAGAUUUCAAUACUCUGUUUAUUCAGAGCCUUUUAAUUUAAAUUCUAGAUAAUUUUUUUUUUUUAGAUUUAUGUUUGGGGUCUUUGCAAAGGGCAGUCAGUGACAUCAUUGAUGGCUACAAACUUCAAAUGUGCUGAUGAUGCAUAUGCCUGUCUGUCUUCUUCUCCAUCAAUGUCACGACCAUUGACUAUAGGUAUAGGUCACAAGAAAUUUCUGCCGUGGAUAGCACUAUGUAGAUCUUGUGAAAAUGGAUCGGUCGAAUGAUGCCACUGUUCUCAAAAUACUACUGGAUAGACGGUUCAUUAUUCAAUAGUGAAGACAUAUGUAUCAACUCAAUAGCUGACCAGAUAUGGAAUUUUGACAUAAUAUUCAAUGGAGUGACGUCAUAACGUUGAUAUGAAAAUAUAAUAUUAAACAAUAAUAAUAAUAUUGUGUCACAACACAAAUGGCUUCCUACAACCAACUGCUGUUUCAUCUUUUAAAUAAAUAAUAAAACAAUUGCUGAAUUUAGGUGUUAACACGAACUUCAGCUUGAUAAUUCUUCAUAUCAUGCGAAAACCGAAGUAAAUAAUUGUUUGUUCUACAAAGUAGACUACGAAUAUUUUGUAAACUCGUAUAUAAAUAUUUUUUUAUUAUUUGAUGCAGGUAAUAAAAAGACAUUAAAGACUGUUUCCGAAACGAUAGCAAUGUCAUUUAACGAUAAGGUUUGUACUGCAUUAUUUUUAAUCCGAAAUAUAUACUGGAACUUUGAAAUUACGAAAAGCAAAUUAUACAACCGCAAUUGACAAAACAAAUUAAUAUAAUACGAAUUGAAAUUCUAUUUAUAUAAAGUGACGGGCAAAUUCUGCGUGUGCUUCAUUAAGGCCGAGAUACACCGGGCGCGAUUCGACACGCGGCGCGAUUUUUCGAUUUUCACUGACCGAUAACUUUGAUCCUGGUUUAAAUUUUCCAAAUAUUUUGAAGCGCUAUAACAUUUUGAGUUAUUUUAUCUACAUAUCUUUUAAAAUUUCCUUUCAUUGACUGUUUUAUUAACUUUCAAAAUCUGAAAUAUCGAGUUGUGUUGUCGAACAGCGAGCAGGUGUGUAUCGGCCUUUAGAAUAUCGUUUUCGCAUGAAUUGCUUCAAUCUCUGACAAGUGUUAUACAAUUUAUUUAAAACGUGUUUUCAUUCAUGUCUCAUCUUGUUGGCCAUAAUCUAGUCGAUUUUCUUGCAUUUUAGGAAACAAGUGAUGUCACAUUUGUGAUUGAUGAUAAAUUUGUGUAUGUUCAUAAAGCCUUAUUGAAAAUCAGGUGAGGAAAGUUUAUUUAAAUUUGUUUCAGGUUGAAGAAAGAUGGUCCCAUGCAGUAAUGUAUAAUUGCGCCUCAUUCCAAGUCAGAAAAGUACAUAUUGUUAUAUAGCUAGGGUGAACACCAAACGUGAUUGGCUGAUUUGUGGUCACGUGACAUCGGAUAAAUGCAGUGUAUCCCGCCGGGCAACAAGUGAAAAAUCGUUGCCAGCCCCGACUGACUGCGUACAUAAAUAAACAAAAUGGCGGCACAACUAGCAUAAUUAGAAACUACGAUUUUCCAAGUUUGUGUUCAAAUAAAGAAUGCGAAAGAGAAGAAAAAUACACAACAGGAUAUAUAUAUACUGCUGAAACCGCACUGUAAAUUUCAGGGAGUUAAUUUAACUCCAGUGGUAUUAUUCUGAUCCUAAUUUUACUCCACAUUUGGAAUUAAUUGAGGUACAGUAUAACUCCACCGGAGUUAAAUUAACUCCCCGAAAUUAACAGUGCGUGUAAGUAGGUUCUUUUAAUUUUAAACUCGUUUACACUAAAGCGUUUUUGUCACGAAAUACAAUUGUUGUAUGAAUGUUGUUGAAUGUUAAUUUUUGUUCGUCGCUAUAUAACAAAACGCUUAAUGACUGUCUGUUCCCUCGGGAAAUUGUUAGUUUUGUUUUCCCUCGAAUCUCAAUGUUUCCCGCGACUUCGUCCCGGGAAACAUUGAGACUCUCGGGAAAACAAAACAAACUAUUUCCCUCGGGAGCAGACAUUAAGUGUAUAUUAAACACUUGCCAAUGGGAAACCAAGUAUUUUCCUCUGCUUUACCGAACUAACGAGUGUACUUUCCAAAUGGAACCGUCACGUAUAGUAGUAUAGUUAGAGAACUUAAUUGUCUACGAGUAUGUGUUCGAGUUCUUGAUUUAUCACUCUACGCCAGUCACGUGACGAAUCAUAGUUUAACAGAUACAACAGAUCGGGCGACGUCCGCAUGUAAUUGAAAUAAAAUGAGUGAUGUAAAGUGGAACUCCCACAUGAUGCCUACCUUUUCUCCUUGUAGAUGUGAAUACUUCAAAGCGAUGUUUCAAGAUCAUUGGCCAGAAGAUGGCCAAAAGUAUAUGUUACAAUAUAUUAUCUUUUUUAUCUUUUCGGUAUUGCAUGGUUUGUUGAAAAGAGCAAACGUUAUAAGUUUUCCGUUAUUUUCUUAUCAAUUUCAGAAACUGUUUAUAUGCAUGAGCAUAAGUUCCCCCAGUAUGUUUUUACUUGCUGCAGUAGGAAAACAAUUGCAAUGCAGAUCUUUUGGUUGAUAGACCUCUAAGUGCGAAAAGCACAAUAGACGUGUUUAUUCCUCUUUUCUAACGCUUCAUACCAUUUUCCGAAACACAACUUCCAUGCAUGCCUCGAUUUUGCAUGCGCAUGUCCAUUGCGUUUUUCGCCCCUAGAUGAUCUUAAGCGCGAAUAGUACAAUGGCAAUGACAUGCAUAUACAAGGUGUAUAAAAAAAAACUGCACAGAUUUGAAAUUGCUCUUAAAUUUGCAAAACAGCCAUUAGUAUCCAGUUUUUUAUGUAUAUAGCUUCUUUGGGUACUUAUAAUGUAGAAAAAUGGAAAACAUUUCUCGAACUCAAAUUUUGUAAACCAGGGGGGGGGGUGUAUUUUCCAACAAAAUAAAAAUGGCUUUGCGCACGAAAUUUAAAGCUUCAAUCAUAUUUUGAGUUGAUAGAUGGAACAUUUGUUGGGUUUUUAAUUACUGUACAAAAUUUCAGAUAAUUUGCUUUAGUUUAAGCCCCCCUUUAACUAUUCAUUUUUCUCUAAAAAAUUAGCCUUUCGCAUGCUUAAUUAAUGCCUUUACCUAAUUUGCAUAUUGCUGACGUAUGCAAAUUAGGCAAAGGCAUUGAUUAGCAUGCAAAUGGACGAUUUUUUAAGAAAAAAUGUAAGUUUGCGUGAAUGGUUAAAGGGCGUAAACUGAAGCAAAUUGUCUGAAAUUGUGUACAGUAAUUAAACACCCAACAAACUUUCCAUCUGUUAACUUAAAAUAUGAUUAAAGCUUUUAAAUUUCGUGCGCAAGCCAUUUUUAGUUUGUUGGAAAAGACACACACCCCUGGUUCACAAAAUUUGAGUUCGAGAUAUUUUUCCAUUUUUCUACAUUAUAAGUACCCAAAGAAGCUAUAUACAUUAAAAAACUGGAUACUAAUAGCUGUUUUGCGAAUUUAAGAGCAAAUUUCAAAUCUGUGCAGUUUUUUUUUAUACACCCUGUAUAGGGGUUGAAGUUUUUAAGGACAAUUAAUCUUAAUUCAAAUAACGUACCUGACAAUGGUGCGAAGUUUUAAUUGUUUUCAUUAUAACAUAUAUCAAGAGAAGAAAAGAGUAUACUCUACUUUUCAGCGAAAUAAAGAUUACGUCAUAUUCAUAUCCAGUCUUCUACGCUUUUCUUCGGUACAUAUACACUGAUCAAGUUGAACUUGCACCUGAAGAUGCCAUUGGUGAGUUUUAUUAUUUUAUUAUAUAUAUAUGCAUGUGCAUAAUUUAUCAAAUUGUUGUUAAUUUAAUGUACUAAUUGUUUACAGACGGGUAUAUGUUACAGACGGCUAUAAAUCUACCCGAGCCAGACUCUUUAGUUAGCGAGAGAGAAAAACCGAAGCAUCCGGAGAAUCACAUGAUCUGUCUAUAGAAUAUAUUGUUGCAUGUGGCGGUAGCCAAUCUUUAAGUAUAUGUUAUUUUGUGGCAACGAGGGGAUAUGUGACUUAUUCUCCGAGGCGCAAAGCGCCGAGGUGAAUGAACACAUAUCCCCGAGAUGCCUCAAAAUAAUGUACUUAUUUUUCACAUUGGCGAGGUUGCAUUUUAGGAGGCAUAAUAGAAAGAUAUUCGUUAUGAAAGACAUUUAGUAAAACGACUCGCAAACACUGAUCACUUUUGUUUCAGAAAGAAAAAGAGAAAGCGUGAUGAUUAGGGGGAACAUUAGGCUACAGGGGAAUGUUACAGGAGAUAUUAAAUAUAUUUUCUCUAAAGAACAAGAGACCGAGUAAUGUGAAAAAUAAAAGAAGGUAGACAUGCGUAUACGUCUAGCGACCACCAAGAGAACCAAAAAUAGUAGAGAAAAAAGAUAACACAUAUAAUAUAGGAGCUCACGUAUUAUGGCUUUUCGUCUAAACAACGAUAAAUAAUGACUAGUCCUUAACUAUGGCGAUAUCAUCGUUGCAUGGGUCUGCCGCCAUGUAAACAAACUCUACUUACACAAGUUUUUGAGAGCAUCAAAUUGAAACCCAUGCAACCAAAAUUGCACCCUACUCUCGGCAGAGUUGGCUUAGCUGUGAGGAAUGGUGCCCUAACCGUAUCUGCAUGUUUUUCUGUUUGUGCCAAUUGUACCGUCAGGUCUUUAUUUUUUGUUGGGGGGGGGGAUCAACUUAAUAAUGUGGGAGUCACAUUUCUAUGGGGGGGGUCUGGUGAAACGGCGUUCCCUGUAUUGUGGCGGCACUUGGAGAAAAAUGUUAAGAUCUUAAUAAACCUCUUUUAACAGUGUCAUAUAUUGAUUUCAGAAUACUUGACAAUUCAAUUCAAUGGGAGACAUAAUUGUAACGUAGAGAAUAGAGCUUUAUAUUAGAACAAAGUUCAGUAGAUUCUCUGAGUAUAGAUGCACGCAAGAUACGCAACACUGUCUGCUGACAAUCCCCCCCCCCCAAUUUAUCGUCGCAUUUGAACGAAUCUAAAACUACUGUACACUCUGAAAUAUUGAGUAUAGACAUUCUCUGGUUAAAAUAUUUAUUUUUCACAAGCUUUCGACUGUCAGUCUACAGUCUUCAACGGGUAGAUUAUAAUGAAAGUGAUGCAUAAAUAUUUUAACCAGAGAACGUCUAUACUCAAUAUGAAUAAUCCUGGUUUCGCAUCAAACAUAUUUAAAAUAAAUACACUCUGAAAGUUGGCCACUGCUUUGUGCAUGUUAGUAUAUAACCUCGUAUUACAGGAUUGUUAAAGGCUUGCAAGUGUUUUAUUUUUAUACUCUUAUAAUAUUGAUCUUUUCAGGUCUACUUGACCUGGCUAACGCGUACUGUGAACCUCAACUAAAACGACUGUCAGAGAUGAUUAUUAAGAAUGGCAUCACAGUUCAAAAUGCAAUCAUGUUGUUGGCAGCUGCUCUUAAAUACGAUGCUGAAGUAAGAAGCUAUUUUAUCGUAAUUAAUUUUGCUUCAUGCAUUACAUGGAAAAUUGUGCGAUUCAAUCAAUACACCCUUUCGAUAAUUACGUCAUUUGGCCUGGAAGCCUCGUUCUCAUGAAUCGUGAGCCAAUCAUCUUGCGUAAUUUACUGAUAAGAGCGAGGCUCCAGGACCAAAAAGUAUGUGUGAUGUAAUUAUCGAAAGGGUGUAUUGUAAUGGUAAUUUAUAAUGGUAAUUCCACUGAGUAGAGUGCAAUUUGGUCUGAAAUCAAACGCAUGAUUACGACUGUUACAAUUGCGCGACACAAAGUACAAUUUCCACUUUAUUAUAUUCACUUUGUUUACGAAAGAACUGUUUUCUCUGUCCUGAAAGAACUGUUUUUCCUGUCCUGCAUGAUACUCCCCUAAAUGCCGUAUCGUAGCAACAAGUGAACAAGCCCAACAAGUUGAACUUUCUUUAAAUCUCGAAAAGUUUUACCAAAAAAUAAAGAAAUUAAUGGAUACUGUGAAGACAACCAAUGUACGUUUAAACAUACUAUAGGUUUUAUUUGCAAUUUGAUAGAGUUUUGGUGCGGUUUUAUUCAAUCACACAUCAACAAAUUAUAACGAUGUACGAAUUACCUUGUUUAGUUAUUUUGCCUGUCGUUUUGUUAAGUUAAGUAGAUUUUACGUUUUACGGUAUAUAGACGAUUCGCAUGAUUUUAGACGAUUCGCUUCAUUACCUUGUUAUACGGUUUUGGUUGGUACAUUUUCCAAAUUUUGUUCAAAUAUGGUUGAAAAAUUGUCGAAUAUAUAAUACGACGGAUCGUUGCAAUACGACGCAUCGUUUAAGGUGGCUCCAUACAAUUCCGUAGUAUAAAUACCUUAUUGCGUAAAAAUUUCAAUUUAUAAUUUUUUUCACUCCAUCUAUUAAUUUUAAGCAUUCCCGAGUAUAAAUUAAGUAUUUGGUAGAAAAAAUUUGCAAUAUUCUUGAACAUAAUAUUGUUUCCAUGGUAACAGUAGUCUCGCCAAAUAUGGUAUUUUUUGCUAUUUUAAGCAGGUUUUUAUUCUUUAUUUUCCGAAUAUUGCCGGUGACACCCCAUUUUUAACUGCUGUAUAGCCUUCACUUAUAAUGUGGAAUCUUAUCCCUCAAAAUAAAAAAAUUCUGUAGAUUAGAAUAGCCAGAAUAAAAAAUUGCGGAUUUAGAGUUUUCCAAUCUACAGAUUUUUUUUCAAUUUUGAUAUUCUAUUUGUUUUAAAAGAAGUUAGGGACCGGUCAUUAUUUAUGGCAGGGGUGGGGGCCGAAGAGAAAGUAUAAUGAAGCCGGAAAAAAUCAUUACCCCACCUUUUUCGAAACAAAAUUUCUAGCUACCCCACUGGUGGAAUGCCAGAAAAUUUUUUACCCCACCCAAACCUAUUUUGUUGCAAUGUCAAAGGUUCAGACAUAAAAUAUGUAAUGAAACAGUUUAGUAUUUUGUAUGCAUGCGUAUUACUCAUCAAGGUACAAAAUUUCCCUUGGUGAGUAAGAUCAUCUGCUGUUAGAGAGUAAAUAAUAAUUAUUAUAGGGUGCUUUGACCACAGUGGACAUUAUAAUUAAAAGGGAAUAGGAUUGAUUGGUAAUACUUGUUUACCAAUAUCCCUUGCCCCUUAUUUCUUGUGGAUUAAUUAAAGCACACUAACAGUCAUGCCUUUAUAUUAUGGGUUACCCCUACAAUAGCAAGGUACUAUAUAAAGAAUUAUAGUUAUCUGAAGGCUUAAAAUUUGUCUACUUGUAAAAUUGCAAUAUGAAUGGGUUUUUAUAGUUUGUAUUCAACGCUAUAUUCCCUUUUCACGAGAUAGCGCAAUGCUAGUCCCAUAAACAUAUAUUUAUAACCAUAUGCUUCAAUAUUUUAGAAAACUAACCGUAUUUCACCACCCUAUCUCUUUCCCAUUUUAAAGUUUCACUGUAUAUAAUUUGGUUUCUUUCACAUUCUUGCAUUUCUUUAUUAAUUAAAAUGCAAUUUUAUUUUGAAACAGUUUCACAAAAUAUGUGCUCACCCAUGAUUGCAACUAUCUAAAUUCUAAAAUGUCCUCUGAAAUUCCUUUAAUAUUUCCUUACUAUAGACAAUCACAUGUAUUAUCACGGAAUUUUAAAGGAAUUCCUUAAGAAUUCCCAAGGAAUUCUUGAAGUUUUUGAAAUCAAUUUAAUAUUUUAAUUCAUAAACAAUACAACGAUACUAAUUAAAAGUAUUUGUCCCAUUUGAGAAUAUCUGAAUUUAGAAAGUGACUGUAAAUUAAUGUGAAAAAGUUGCUGUUAUACAGUGUGAAGAUAAAGAUAUUCAUCCGAAUUCCAAGUAUGACUAUAUAAACAAUUAAAUUAAUCUGUAAAACGGGUAAAUAGAUUUCUCUUAUUUUAUCCAUGUAUACAUGAUCUCUAGUAAAGAAAAACAGCUAGUUGCCAAAGACUAGAGUUGAACAUAUUGUGAACUAGCCAUUGGAAUGAUUCUCCAGAUUCACAAGGGGCAUAUGGGGCAUAUUUCAUGAUUUGCUACCUGAAUUGUCCACAUGAUUUACAAGCACAUACUGGAUAUAAAUAUUACUUAUGCAGUAUCAAGUGUAGAUGCCCAAAAAUUAAAUCCUGAAAAGUUAAUAUACUGUACAUAUACAUUUUGAGAUAUGUAAUAAGAGGAUGUUUAUAUGGGGGCGAGGCUGGAUUCCCGGGGUUAGGGGCUACAGACUUAAGGUCACUUUUCCUGAAGCAAGAUCUCGGGCUAAAGGGGCGGGAUCUCGCUUAGCUAUAGCUGGGCCCGCUCUUUACCCAUAUAUACACAAAGUGAACUUUAGUAAGAAAUAACAACAAAGGCAGGAUCUCACCAAAACUGAGCCACCUUGGGUACCCUGGGGUUGGCUUGCAGUUGCACGAUAUAAACAGCCCCUAUAUAUCGGCUGUAUAUAUUUUGUCUGGUAAUUGGAGUCAUUUGGAGAUUUUGUGUGUAAAUGAAUAUAAAAAUGACCCUUUACGGGUGGGUUGAGGGGGGUGUUUCUGUCAACGUUUUGGAAAGCAAUAAUAUUUUAUUAAAAAAUUAGAAUAAUCACAUAUUAAACUCUGAUUGUAGUAUAUAUUGUACUGUGUGUGAUUAAAGUAAGGCAAUUUUUUUUACCCCACCUCUGCAUGCAAGGAUUUUUUGGCCACCCCACCUAAAGCAACUAUUAUUUUUCAGUUACCCCACCAUUUUCUCUUCGGCCCCCACCCCUGCCAUAUAUAAUGACCGGUCUUUUAUCGUUGUGCAAAAUUUCAUGACAUGUCACCGUGCAAAAUUUUGAAUUACGCUGUUUUAUUGUGGUAUCUCACUCGCUCGGCCGAAAGUUUUUCGAGCUCUGCAAGAUCAAUGAAUUGACAUGCGCGUACAUGUUUUCGCAGGCGCAUCUCCAGAAAAACACGCACAAAAAAGUUUUUAGUCUCGUCGAAAAAUCAAAUAUAUGUUGUGUUUUUUUUUUGCUUAGAAAUGCAAAUAUAUCAGUUUAGUUUUGCAUGCUAACUCUGGAUAACACCAAGACAACAGGUGAUGUCGGUCGUUUGGUAUAAGAUAUGUGUGACAUGUAUGAACUUUUUGACUUUUCUACAUAGUUUUAUAUUCGUUUUCAGUCGUAACUUGUGUGUUUUCAUGUUGUUGUUGACAAUUUAAAACAGUUUGAGCCGGCGCAUGAUGCUGUUUCACUGAAUUUCUUUGGAGUUAGUAACACUUUGAAUACAUUUACCAGUUGUAAGUACAAAAAACUCUGGAUAUGAACUUGUAAAUCGCCAAAUAUUGGAGUAAAAAACUUUUCGCCGGUCGGGCCGAUCGGCGGUUUUCACGAGAGUUUGAACGUUGAACUUUGCAUUUUGUACCCUAAAAUGUCUUCUGAAAAGACUAGUUAUUCAAUGUUCAGGGCUAAAUCAGGACGAAGUUUGUUUUUUUGAGAACAAGGAAGACUCAAAACAUCAAAAUAAACAUGGCUUGUGGUUCGGAUUUUCGACUGAAAAAGUUGUAUUUAUUUUUGCAUAUAUUUUUAACAUUUUCGCGCGAAAACACAAGAUUAGGUACCAGUCUCACAAUGAUGAAAAGUGUACGGAGCCACCUUAAUAGGCACCAAUUUUGCAAAUUAACAUUUGUUUCAUGUUCUUUUAGGACUUGGAAGAAUUCUGUUUCAAGUUUUGUGUCAAUCACAUGACUGCAGUAACACAGACAGAUGCAUUUCAAAACCUUGACGAGAAUACACUCAAAGAUUUCAUACUUAAAGCUUCGCAAUGGGGAGCUUUUAAAUACUGAAUAAGUUUAUUGUUAGCAAUGCAUAUUCGUUGAAUUUCUAAUAUUUUAGAAAAUAUGCAAAUUAUAUUCAUCCGGAUAUCCAAAUGCGAAUAUUCACAUGCAAAUUAUAUUCAAUCGUAUGCAAAUGACAUUCAUCCGGUGUUUAAAAUCUGGUUUAUGCAAUGAAAGUUUUGGUGAUUCUCCUGCAAAAAAUGUUGACUCAAAAACUUGUUCACAGUGACUCAAAUUUAUGAGCAAAAUGACAUUUUUUUAUUAAAUUUGCAUGAGUGCAUUAUUUUAAGCACAUUUUUGAGUCAAAAUACUCAGGGAUUGUUUGUAGUAUAAACAUUUAAAAACAUGCGUACACUUUGCUCAAAGCACACUUCAAUAAUUGAUAGACACGACAUUUACAGUGUAAACCUGCAGCCUUAAGAUUUCAUCAAAUAACUAUAAUAAUUAUUAAUAAAUUGUUUUCCGCAAGCGAUGUUUGC